AUGCCCUCGUACGAAGAAGUGGCGCAGCACAACACCAAGGACGACUGCUGGGUGAUCAUCCACGGCAAGGUGUAUGACGUUACCGAGUUCCUCCCCGAGCACCCUGGCGGUCCUUCCAUCAUUAUCAAGUAUGCUGGUAAAGACGCUACCAAGGCGUUUGACCCUAUCCACCCGGGGGACACGUUGACGAAGUACUUACCGAAGAAAUACCAUUUGGGCGAAGUCACGGGGACGCCGCCGGCACCGGCAAAGAAGGCUAAGGCGAAGGCUACACUGCCUAAACUGGCUACGACUGAGUCUCCUAAGGAAGCACCUAAACUGGCGUCUAAUGGCUCGCAAAAGGGGUUUGUUGAUGAGUUUGACGUUGAAUAUGAUGAACAGGAUGGCUUAGAACCUACCCCCUUCGAUACUCCUUCCAAUGUACUGGGUGAAGUUGCCACUACUGAAGAAGAGGAAGAAGUGGACGAGUACGGCGACCCACUCACUGAGGACGAAAAGAAGCGCCGCUACUAUCUCCAGACGAUUCCUGACUUGGGGCUGAUCUAUAACUUGAUGGACUUUGAGUACGUCGCCCGCCACGUGAUGGAGAAGACGGCGUGGGCGUACUACUCGCUGGGGUGCGACGACGAAAUCACGCUUCGCGAGAACCAUUUGGCCUACCAACGCAUCUAUUUCAAGCCUCGGGUGCUUCGCAAUGUUACCAAUAUCGACUUGAGCUGCGUUAUGGGUGGUACUAAAGUGGCGGCGCCAUUCUACGUCACCGCAACCGCCUUAGGUAAAUUGGGCCAUCCUGACGGCGAGAAAGUGCUUACGCGGCUGGCAGCGAAGCAGAACGUCAUCCAGAUGAUCCCCACGUUGGCGCUGUGCCUGUUUGACGAGAUUGUCGACGAAAAGACCGAUAGCCAAACUCAGUGGCUCCAGCUCUACGUCAACCAGGACCGCGAAGUGUGUAAGGAGAUCAUCCAGCAUGCGGAAAAGCGGGGCAUUAAGGGUUUAUUCAUCACCGUUGAUGCUCCCCAAUUGGGGAGAAGAGAAAAGGAUAUGCGGCUGAAAAAUAUCGAAGACUUGAGUCACGUCCAGGGUGACGAUGCCGACGCUGACCGCACUCAAGGUGCUGCUCGAGCUAUCUCGUCGUUUAUCGAUACGGGGCUUCAGUGGUCGGAUUUGCCGUGGUUCCGUUCCGUCACCAAAAUGCCCAUCUACUUAAAGGGGGUCCAAUGCGUUGAAGAUGCUCUCUUAGCCGUGGACGCUGGAGUCGAUGGCAUUGUCAUUUCCAACCACGGUGGUCGUCAGCUUGAAACGGCGCCGCCGCCGAUCCAGGUGCUCGCGGAAUUGAUGCCUCUAUUGAAGGAAAGAGGCAUCACUAAGGAUAAAUUCGAAGUGUACAUCGAUGGUGGGGUUCGUAGAGCUGGUGAUAUCCUUAAGGCGAUCUGUUUGGGUGCUUCUGGGGUGGGUAUUGGCCGUCCUUUCCUCUACGCGAUGCUGACCUAUGGUGACGACGGGGUGGUUAAAGCGAUGCAAAUCCUCAAGGACGAGAUGAUCAUGAACAUGAGAUUGCUUGGGGUGACGCUGAUUGACCAGUUGGACGAGCUGUACGUUGACUUGAGAUACAUGAACCGCUACGUGCCUGAAGAUAAGUUGUUCUCGCGGGUAUACGAGCCAAUGGUUCCCCCCAAGUUCAAGGGUAAUUUGUAA